AUGUGUGUUGCUUGUGUAUUUUGGAUUGUGAAACAGAUUAUAUAUGUCUUGAAUUCAUUCGUAAAGUUGUUUACAAGGAACAAUAAUACCAGGAACUUUAAUACAAUUAUAAGUACUUGCUUCAGAGACCUCAUACAAGAUGUAUUAGAACGCUACCUGUCUUGUGAUGCCCAAAUUAUAGAAGGAACCAGGCUGUCUUCAAACAUUCGGAAGCAGUUAAAAAUUGUUAAAAAACGAGCCAUUACCAUUUGGCUGACUCUAAUGAUAAUUCCACUAAUUCACUGCAUUGGGCCAUUCUUUCGACCAGGCCGACAUUUUCCUGAAGAUAAAUAUAUUCUUUAUGGUCUUCAUCCAAUGACUGAAUCACCGAAUUAUGAAAUAGCAACAAUAAUAUUUACAAUAACGAUCACAAAUGGUACAUACAGCGUCGCAAAUGGCACUGCCUUUAUCAUUGUAGUGUUCGGAUACACGGAAGCUCAAUUAUUAUCACUGAGCGAAGAAUUAAUCAACAUCUGGAAUGACGCAAGAGAAUAUUAUAUAGAUAAUUUUGAAGAUAAGACAGAAGAUAUCAACAAUUUCGUUGAGGGUCGUCUUAAAUUUAUCAUUAAGCUGCACAUUGAAAAUAUUAUUCUUCUUAGACAAGUUGAGGCUGUUUUAAGAGUAAGCAUGGCACUAGAGUUUGUUGCGUUGACAAUCGGCCUAACUGCAGCGCUGCUUGGUGGUCUUGAAAAUACUUAUUUAGAGAUCCCAUUCUGUUUAUCCCAGAUAUUUAUUAGCUGCUAUAUCGGUCAAAAGAUUAUUGACGCUAGCAACUUUUUUGAAAAUGCAGUGUAUGCAUGUAACUGGGAGAAAUUCGAUAUCGCUAAUCAAAAGAUUGUGUUAACAAUGCUACAGAAUUCACAGAAAACGCUAAAGCUGUCAGCUGGUGGCGUUGCAUUUCUAAGUAAUGAGUGCUUGAUGUCAAUUAUUAAAUCUUGUUACUCGUUUUAUACCACUCUACAAUCAACAUUAAAAUAA